AUUCAAAAGAUUGGAGCACACGAAACAGCUGUAUUUUUUCUGUCAUGGCCUCCUGCGUAAACACCGGCACGAUUUUAUUAAUUCUGAUUGUUUUAUCUGUAUAAACGACACUUUAGCAUUAUUCAAAUAUAGCCAUGGAUUCUUAUAUUAUGCAGCUGAGACGCAUCUGGUUGAACCAAGACGGUGACACUUUGGCGGAUCUGUUAUCUCUUCGGCAUUCACAUAUAUCAAUAUCUCAAUUGGGUUCCGAGGCUGCCAUAACCAAAGCUAUGGAACAUCUGCCAUCACCAUUCGAUGAUCUGGUCUUAUAUCAUAUGAAAACUGUACAUGCAGCUGCAAAAGGUGACCCAUGCACUGCAUAUGAAUAUCAAAGCUCAGCUGUGCAGUCGCUUACCAAGAUACUCCAACUACAGAAAGAGGAGAACUGGAUGCUACCUGUGAUGAAUAGGAUGUGUCUAGAGUUAAGGUUAUUGGCUGUACGUGCUGAGAAUUCAAAAGCUGGAAAGAAUCCUAAACCUGGUGAAGUCCUAGAGAAAUGUACAGAAUGUUUGAUGGGCUGCUUUAGGGUUUGUGCUGCAGAUAAUCGGAGUUCUGAGGAUGAUACUAAGAGAUGGGGUAUGCUAGCUCUAGUAAAUCAAUUACUAAAAGUCUACUUCAGGAUCAAUAAGCUACAUCUAUGCAAACCUCUUAUAAGAGCUAUCGAAUCUUCUGCCUUGAAAGAUCAAUUUUCAUUAGCACAGCAAAUCACCUAUAAGUUCUUUGUGGGCAGAAAGGCUAUGUUUGAUGGUGAUUAUAAAGCUGCUGAUGAAUACUUAACUUAUGCAUUUGAGCGAUGUCACAAACGUUCGACGAAAAAUAAACGUCUAAUUUUAACAUAUUUGGUACCAGCAAAGAUGCUUUUAGGGUACAUGCCAAAGAGUACUGUCUUGGAAAAGUACGAGUUGACAGAGUUUUGGGAACUUGCUGAAGCUGUGAGGAAAGGUGACUUACGCAGUCUGGAAAAAGUUAUGUCAAAACACGAGACCUUCUUUGUGGGUGCAGGUAUCUACCUGAUUGUAGAAAAACUUAAACCCAUUGCAUACAGAAACUUGUUCAAGAAAGUCUACUUAGCCCUGAACACACAUCAGAUUCCUGUAGAAAGUCUAUUAACAGCAUUGAUCAUGCAUGGAGUAGAGGAUGUAGACAUGGAUGAAACUGAGUGUCUUGUCGCUAAUCUUAUCUACGACGGCAAGAUAAAGGGGUACAUCUCUCACCAGCAUAAAAAGCUUGUAAUUUCCAAGCAAAACCCAUUUCCAAGACUCUCAUCGUUAACCUAAGAAACUAAAUAAUUUUUAAAAUAAAAUCUUUAACUACUAUA